AUGGCCCCGCAGCGCUCGACCCGGGCCCGGGGGGGCACCUCCAGCUCCGGCUCCUCUGCUGCCACCAGCGCUGGCCCCAGCUGCAGCUCCCCCCCAUCAACACCAGCCCCCAGCAGCCCGGACCUCACCAGCGACGACUCCGACAGCGACUUCGAGGCCACCCUGCGGCCGCCCACCAAGCGCCGCUCCCGGCGGCCGCCCAGCCACGUCCGUGUCCCGAAGCGUCCCAGGCAGAGGGACCCCAGCGUGACCCCCACCAGCCCUGACCAUGGGACUCUCUUCCAGGCUGUGCUGUCAGCCAAGGCCGACCUGGAGACGCUGGUGGACGAGUGGCUGGAGACCUACCAGGAGGACCGGGAGAGAGGGUUCCUGGAGCUGGCAAACUUCCUGGUGCGCUCCUGCGGCUGCAGAGGCGUGGUGACCCCCAGGAUGUUCCGGGAGCUGCCGAACUCGGAGAUCAUCCAGCGGCUGACGCAGGAGUUCGCCGAGGACUCGCCCGAGUACCCUCUGGCCGCGGGCACCCAGCCCUGGCGCCGCUUCCGCGCCGGCUUCUGCGGGCUGCUGGCGGCCGUGGUGCGGCGCUGCCGCUUCGGGGCCAUCUUCGACGGCUUCCUGCUGGACGCCCUGGUGGCGCUGCUGACCGGCCUGGCCGACUCGCAGGUGCGGGCGUUCCGCCACACCGGCACCCUGGCAGCCGUGAAGCUGCUGACGGCGCUGGGGGAGGUGGCGCUGGACGUCGGAAGGCAGCGGGACAGCAACCGGCGGCACCUGGAGGCGGAGCAGGGCAAGGAGCCUGAGCGCAGGGCUGCCGGCAGGGUGGAGACACUGCUGGAGAAGAGCCAGGAGCUCCAGGAGCAGCAGCAGGAGAUGGAGGACCUGAUGAAUGCCAUCUUCAAGGGGGUCUUUGUGCACCGCUACAGGGACGUGGUGCCCGAGAUCCGUGCCCUCUGCAUGGAGGAGCUGGGCACCUGGAUGAAGAGCUACCCGACCUUGUUCCUCACUGACGGGCACCUCAAGUACCUGGGCUGGACCCUGCACGACAAGCAUGGGGGGGUGAGGCUGCAGGUGGUGAAGGCUCUGCAGGGCCUCUAUGGGCACCGUGGCACUGCCACGCACCUGGAGCUCUUCACCAGCCGCUUCAAGGGCCGGCUGGUGGCCAUGGUGCUGGACAAGGAGCCCGAGGUGGCCCUGGAGGUGGUGAAGCUGCUGACGAUGAUGCUGGACACCACGGAGGAGGCGCUGUCGGAGGACGACUGCUGCCAGCUGUACCUCCUGGUCUACGCUGCCAGCCGCCCGCUGGCCUCCGCCGCUGGCCUCUUCCUCUACCGCAGGCUGCUGGACCCUGCUGGGGACAACCACAGCUUCCUGCGGCUGCUGCUGGACUUCUUCCUGGAGAGUGAGCUCCACGAGCAUGCGGCCUACCUGGUGGACAGCCUCUGGGACUGCGCCGGGCACCGGCUGCGCGACUGGGACGGCAUCAGCAGCCUGCUGCUGCAGGGGGCACCCCCCGAGGGUUUGGCAGCCCCCCAGGAGCAGGCUCUGGUCCAGGUCCUGGCUGCCAGCGUGGCCCAGGCAGCCCAGGGGCACCCCCCAGUGGGCCGGGAGCCCCCCAGGAAGCCCUCGGCGCAGCAGCGCAAGGCCCAGGCAGAGGAGAGGACCAGGCUGAGCCUCUGCCUCAUCCCCGUCCUGCCUCAGCUGCUGGCCAAGUUCUCGGCCGACGCAGAGACAGCGACAGCGCUGCUGGAGCUGCUGCCGUGCCUGGAGCUCAGCCUCUGCCGCAGCGGCCGGAUGGAGAAGCACGUGGAGCGAGUGCUGGGGCAGCUGCAGGAGGUGGUGCAGAAGCACUCGGGGCAGGGGGUGCUGGGGGCUGCCUCCCGUGCCCUGCAUGCCCUCUGUGCCCCUGCCCUGCCCACGCGGCCCCAGGGGGACCUGGCCCGGGGCCUCCUGGCAGAUCAGCUGGCAGAGAGGUGCCAGGGGCACAUCGAUGAGCUGCUGCAGGCCACGUCCCUGGAGGAGCAGGAGCUGUACAGCAUGGCAGCCACGUUCAGGAGGAUCUCAGCCCUCUUCAGCGCCCACGACCUGACCCCCUGGCAGCUCUUCGAGCCCUGCGCCAGGCUGCUGCAGCACGCUGCGGACACGGGCGAGGUGCCAGCGCAGGUCCUGGUGCCCACCAUCUCCUGCCUGCACUACCACCUGCUGUGGGAGCUCUCGCGGCUGCCCGCGGCCCACGUCCCCAAGGAGCAGCUGCAGAGCCUGAGGAGAAGAGUUGGCAUCUUCAGCUCGCUGUGCCAGGGCUGCCUGGGGGACGCCGAGGGCAGCGUCCGCGAGCAGGCCUUCAUGGUGCUCAGUGACCUGCUGCUGGUGCUGGGCCCGCGGCUGGCCCAGGGGGGCCGGGAGGAGCUGCUGCCCCUGGUGCUGGUGCCCGAGGCCGGGCUGCAGGCGCAGCUGGCAGCCUUCCUCAUGGACCACGUCUUCUACCACGGCCACAGCGAGCCCCCGGCCGGUCCCAUCCAGGAGCUCCACCAGCGCCGCCUGCUCCUGGCCGGCUUCUGCAAGCUGCUGGUCCACGAGGUGCUGGAGCUCAGCGCCGCCUCCGACGUCUUCAAGCACUAUGCCAAGUUCUACAGCGACUACGGCGACAUCAUGCGGGAGACGCUGAGCUGCGCCCGGCAGAGGGACCGGCGGCGCUGGGCCGGGGUCCUGCUGCUCAGCCUGCAGCAGCUGCUGGCGGAGCUGCUGCUGCAGCAGGGUCCCGGGGCGGCGGCCGAGGACCUCCCGGAGCUGCGGCUCCUGGCUCGCCGCUUCUCGGCGCUCCUGGGCUCGCCGCGGGACCGAGCGGCGCUGCUGGCCCUGCACCGGGAGGGCAUCCGCUUCGCCCUGCAGGACCCCCCCGGGCCGGGGAAGCCCCCCCUGAACCUGCCCUUCUUGGAGGUGCUGGGAGAGCUCUCGGCGCGGCUGCGGCGCCCGGACCGGGCAGCGAUCCUGGCAUACCUGGAGCAGCAGUGCCAGCAGCAGGGGGCGCUGCCCUCCUGGCCGCCCCUGGCCGCCUACCGCCGCUCACUGCAGGAUGAGGAGGGGGCUCCCAGCGGCCGCCCCCCCGCCAAGAGACGUCGCCGUGAUGGGGUGCCCCCAACCCACCACCAGCUCUUGUGCCCCCAGGCUGCCCUGGACCAGCUCUGUGACCUCUUCGACUCUCCCAUCCUGGGCAAGGAGGCCACCUGA